AUUCUUGCCCACGUGGGUGAGGUGGAUUAACUAAUCGAAAACACAUAAGAGGGCUUAUCGAUAUCGGGUGAUGAUGUAAUCAGCCAAUUGGCAACCAUCCAGCUGUCAAUAUUGAUUUUGAAUGAUAAACUUUUAACUCUAUAGUCUUGUCAAAUAGAGACACGACUUUAAUUGAGGCAUUCAAUAUUAUAAUCUUACAGUAACGAUAGUAAUUGUGAUUACGGAGUCAAUUGAUAGAGUAUAACAAAAACAUCGCUCUAUCUGAUGAUACCAAAAUCCCCGACGCGUCGCGUGUCCCACUUCAAUUUUCAACCAAUACAAUCAUUCAGAACUAUACACCACGCUUCCAAUUUGUGAUCGUAACCUUCAAUUGAAAGAAUAAAGAGGCAAAAACCCAAAGCCACUCGCGCAGCCAUGGCGCGAUUGUCGUUACCAACGACUGCUCGCCUAUCCUCAUCUUUACGAGUCGAUCCUGCGAACAACACCGUAAUCAAAGCCCUCAAUCGCCUCUCGCGAUCAUCCCUCCUGUCCCUCGUUCUAGAUUGGCUAGACGAACGAAACCAAUCCCUGUGCCCACCGCUUCUCCUUCGACCAGAUGCCCCCGAAGAUGAAGAUGAGGAUGACUUCUAUCCGCCCGCGCACUCGCUUCCCGAGCUCCGAGACCUGUACGAGUCGAUGCAAGCCCGCAAGGGCGGGCGUCGUGAGGUAGUUGAUCGCAUUCUCGAGGGCGACUGGCGGUACGGAUUGAGUCUCUACCAGCUCGCCAUGGCCGACUUGCAGUACCUAUACGACCACCCGGGCAGCCUCAAGUGGACCGCAUACCGGAUCCAGCUCCUCAAGACACCCGAUCACGAGGACGACGCCGAAGGCCCGGAAAGGCCCGACAAAGAAUCUCUCAACGUCCCGCGCUUCCACCCCUCGACCUUUCUGCAGAACCUGCAGGGCGAGGUUCUCCCCGACGUCAAGGCGCACUACAACUUCGAUCGCCCGAAAGGCAUGCCGCUCCUACUGCUACGCAUCUUCGUCAUCGACUCCCCGUACAACACGGACCUAGCCGUAUCGACGCGGCACCGCGGACGGCCCAGCAACACAGGUAAUCCCAAUUCCAAUUCCAACACCACAACAAGCUUCGACGCCUCACGCACCAUAUACGUCGCGUUCCCGGACGCGUCGCCGCACAUCUUCAUCACGAAAUCGGCGUCGGGCAGCGGCGGCAGCGGCGGCGGCGCGGCCGGUGAGGCGAAGAGCCUGCGCGCGCUCGUCGUGGAGGGCAUACCGAAGGCGCUGUCGCGCCCCCGCGAGCGCUACGCGCUCAAGUCGACGAACCUGGCGACGAAGAACCUGGCGGCGAUGCUGGCGCACAAGGGCGCGGGCCGCACGAACGCGGCGGCCGGCGGCUGGGGCGUGUACGCGGGCACCGCGACGGCGGAUAUCAAGGCCGAUAGCCCGCUGCAGACGCUGCUUCCGACGCCGCCUUUGUCGGACGCGGCGAGUGCUGAUGCCGGCGAGGGCGAGGGCGAGCGGAGGGAGGAGGAGGAGGAGGAGGGGGGGAGCAGGGCUAAGCGGAGGAGAAUGGGUGAUCCGGCGGAGGAGGAGGAUGAGAGGCAGGGUAAGCGCGCGAGGGUUGCUGCGCUGGCGAGGUUUGGGAAUGCGGCGAGGAUUGAUGAUGGGAAGGGUGUUGAGAGGUUGGAUGUGCUGAUCGAGGAUCCGUUUCCGACUGAUGUUGUUAGUGACGACGAAGACGAGGCGGACGAGGAUGGUGCGGCUGUGGCGGCGAGACGCAAGUCUAAGGGGCGUCAGAGCAUGCUUGAUAUGAGUCUCUCGCAAGACUUGGAGGAUGGAGAUAACGGUGGCGGAGGUGGGAGAGGCAAGGAAGGGGAUCGAGGUUGGGCGCCGCAAGUCAGGAUAUCUCUUCAUGGCUCGCAUGUCUUUGCUGGGGUACGCCAGUUAGUCGAGGCAGGCAUCGUGGACGGCGAGAGGAUGCCCGGAUGGCUGACGGGCGAGGAGGGCGUUACGAUUGGUGCGGUACGACACGGUAGGAUAAGAGGGUUCAGAGGUUCGGGGAUUUGAAUUGAUUCUCACGCGUAUAAUUUUGAAAGGUGCUUUUACCCUGGUCAAAGUUAUCAGGUCACACAGCAUGCAUGGUGUUCGGCGUUUCUCUCUGUCUCGCAGAAAAGGAGGCAAUAGUCGGAUAGGUUUAUAUACCCCAAUGAAGUGUUCAAAGAUGACUUCAUACAAUAAGGAA